AUGACGCAACCGCCUGACCGAUCUAUAGCAAGGAUAGAAACCGCAGACGAAUACGGCCGUCGAGAGCAAUGCUUCAUCAAUCAUAGACGGCAUCCCUACACCUUUCAGUCUCAUAUAUCAAGCAUCCAGAGCACUAAACAGGCUGUUGAGAAAGACGGAUUGGUAGCCCAGCCGGGUCUCAGAAUAGCGGCUCUCCCAACCCGGCAAUUGGCUGAAGAGAUACUGGAUCAGGAUCAAUGCCACAGCAAUGACCUCGAGAGAUUUCUGGAGAGUCCGCCGUCGGGACUCUCUUUCCGCUACUCUGGCAAUUCUCUCAAAGACCUUCAUCUUCCUGUUGGUGAACUGGACCUGGGCUCUUGCCCUGAGAAAGACCUCCAAUACUACUUGCAAGAAGCUCGAGCCCUGAGGAACAGAAACCCCUUUCAAGAAUGGCUCCCAUUGGCUCAGACAAGAACUGAGAGAGACGAAGGGCUGGAAUUUCCGCUUGAACUGGAGCGGCUGUGGGCACAGCUGAACCGGGAGUUUGACAUGGACAGACCAGUCUUAUCCGAAUCUGCGGCGGAUCUUGUGAGAGAACAAAACAGAUCACUGUCAACGUUUGAAUGCAGGGAACUACUCACUGAACCAACGAACAUCAAGCCCUACCAGUACAGCUGUCUGGACCCCAUCUCGCCUCCCCUGUCUCCGGUAUCUGACGAUGCUGAACCAUUCAUUCCCGAUGGGGGUGCGGCAGUGAUUGAUCUUUCUUCCGAGCCAAGCACGCCUAGACGGUCCUUCGUCGAGGCUAUUGAACGCAUUCUUGACUCUGAUCCUGUCGUUUCUUCCACUUUCAUGACUUCGCCUUCCACUGGUGAUCUGCCUCGACUCAUUCAAGCGUGCCACUCCGUGAUUCAAGAAGCUAAAACCGAAGCGCCUGUCGUCUCUAACAACUCAGAUGCUCCAAGUGACGAGAAUGCCAUCGCCGACAUCCGCCUACCUCUAAUAGGUGACACUGACGAAACAGCCCUCAGCCUGCUCGAGGAAAAGGGACAGUUUGAAGAUGCGUUCGAGACACUACUCCAGGACAGACAGUAUUAUGCCAAUCAGUUGGUAAACCAAGAGCGUUUCGAUCUGGUGGAUUCGGCAUGUCGUAUUCCCGUUCCUCUGCUCGAUUUCGAAAUUUCUCCCCCUGAAUGGACUAUUGGGCACCUCACUGCGAAGAUGCAAUUCAUGUUCCUGAGAAAUGGUGCUCCCGAUACCUUCAAACUCUCGCCUGUCCCAAGGGAUCCGCGCUCCGAAAUAUCACUUCGAUGGGCCUUUUUCCCACCUCAGAAAGGGCAGCCAAUGCUGGAUGAUGAACUUGCGAUGCCGGAUGCUACACUAGCAAAAUAUCUUUCUGAUGAGGAGACAACUCACCUGAGCAGUCGCGACUUCGUCUCCAUCAACCAGGACCUGGAAGUCUUCCGCCCCCAAGAAGACGAAGAAAUAGAAGAGAUAUUUUCACAAGAUGUUGAAUCAGAUGAAGACUCUCUUGCUGAGUACGCCCAGCCAACUGAGAGCCUGACUGGGACCAUCUCGGUACACAGCAACGUAUCAAACGACACUCUAACCCGAGACUCGCCUGAUCUCAAUCGCCCAGCCCGUAGGAAGCUUGACGAUGAUGCCCAAAGACUUUUACCUAAAUCGUACGAUACGAGUGCUACGAGUAUACUCCUCCAUAACUUUAUGGAGCUAAGGGGCAUAAAGCGACCUCGUCUCAACACUCAGCCUCCUGCAGCGAGUCAGCCUGGGGAUGCCUCACCAUCUAAGCUUGCCAAAGGACUACCGGGGAGCAACAAUUAUAAAGCAACACUCCCCGAAGUAGUCAAGGAGAUGCCCCCGGCGCCAGCUCCUCAAUUCGAGCUUCCUUCAGAAAAGGCUUCCAUCAUCAUUUCGGUCGAUCUCCCAAGGCAGAUAUUGAGGAAAAUGGAGAGUUCAUGGACCCCGGAGAAAUUGAUCGACAUGGAUUACUCUCGCCACAACACCCAGAACUGGCCGCCAGGUGCUUCUCGUCCUAAGGAGGUCAUGUCCCCCUUGAGCUUCGAAGCAGACAUAUCCCUAUCACCAAGCACAGGGAUCGUCAUCACGAAUAUCCUCAAAGUGAGACAGCGCCCUCUACCAGGCUCCCAACUUCCAGCUCCACUACGAGAACGCGUACAGAAAGUCAGCGAGAGAUACGAAACCCUCAUCGUCCUAGUCUCAGAGUCAAACUCCCAAGGUGAAGUCAUGGGAACAUUAGCACCGUUAGAUGCAGCAGCUUAUGCAGACUUUGUAAAUUUUGCAGUCGCACUCGAUGGGGAUGUGGUUGUACAGUUUGUCCCGGGGGCGACGGGCACGAUAGCUUCGUGGAUUUUGGCCUACAUGUGUCGAUAUUCCUCGCAGUGUGUAGCAUUAUCGAGGUUCUUGACGUCGGAAGAGACGCCGUGGGAACUGUUGCUUAGACGGGCUGGCAUGAAUGUGUUUGCUGCCAAGGUUCUGUCAAAGAUGCUCUUUCAGCAGGCUGGGCAGUCGGGAUUGGCUGCGUUCGUCAACAUGCCGGCUCGUGAACGGGUGACGAGAUAUGGAGCUCUGCUUGGCGGAGAAAAGGUGUUGCUGAUGACGGGGAAGAUCUCUGAGAAAGCUAAGCGGGGACAGGUGAUUUGA